UGCCACAUAUUUAAUGAUCAACUAUGAGAGUUAAAUGCUACAUCACACAAAGUUAAUGCAAUUGAACGGUCAGUGACCAAGCUUGGAUUAUUGAACUAAUCUUUUUUUAGUAAGGAUUAUUGAACUAAUUUUAGUGUUCAGUGAUGGAAUAAAUAUUUGUAGCGGCAAAUGUGAAAUAAUUCAGUAAAUCUAGUGAUCAUACAUUCAAUUUACCCAUAACACGAUUCACACUUCUCUGAGCAGUGUAACGAGGGUGUUUGAUGAUUUUUAUGAACAAGCUACGUUAAAUUACUCUACUCCUAUAAUGGUUCAACGACAACUAAAAAAACUAACAUAUGGCUACUUUGCAGGUAAAAUGUUAAACUUGACAUGUGUGUCAAAGUUGCGAUUUUGCAAACCCUUGCUUCAUAUUCGUUUCUCUUAUUUAUAGUCAUUAGGUGUAACCACCUUAGUAACCACUAGCUUGUCGGUUGCUCCAACGGUAUCGGGGUCUUCAUCACCACCUUGGUAACUACUAGGUUUUCCACCACUCUAACCGCCUCAGGGACCCUCAUUACCACCCAUGUGACCUGUUGGAGUGGCCUCGGAGUUAGACUGGUGGCCUCGGAGUUGGGUCGGGGCCUUCAUCACCCCUUGGUAACUGCUAGCCUUUCCACCGCUUUAACUGUCUCGGGGAUCCUCAUCACCGCCUUGGUGACCUGGUGGUGUCAGUUUGGAGGCCACGACGUUGGGCCGGUUGGUGUUAAGUUAAACUUCAACCGUCUUGCCUCUAUCACAUUGCCUUUGUCACCGUGCCUCUUUUAUGGGUCGGGUGACUCCACACUUACUAUCCUCUACUCUCGUCUUACUGGUCUCUUAUUGAAACUACCUUGUUAUCUUAAGCAUUGGUUGAUGAGAUAAGAACUUAACCCCUCCUAGUUAAGAACAUUGCCCCUUACCAUCAAGAUUUGAGCUCAACAUGGUCGUCAACUUGUCACUUAUAUGACUUAGCACCAAGCUCAGCUUUCCAGUUUGUGACAAAUUCUGCCUCAUCAGUUUGGUACAUGCGAGCUUAUCAUCAAACCAGUAUUAUUGGUAGAUCGUACCGCCUUGUCAACUUGUUAGCGUGUCUAUCUUGUCGGUUUGGUACCUUGCCUUACAAGUCUCCGUCGUCGAGGCUCCAAUAGUUUUUGGAAGCUAAGUUUUCGCACCAUUUGCUUAUCACACGUCCUUCUUGUCACCUCUAUGGCUCAAAGCCUAGUUUUUGGAAGCUAAAUAUCAUGCCCAUUUUUUUUUUUGGGGUGUUACUAAAUCUACCGCAAACAACCUAAGUACAAAGGCACCGGCUAAAGGUGUUACCUGUGACGCCAACCAAGGAGUUUGACGCUUGAUUCUCGACAUAAGUAUAUCAAGGUGUUCAAGUCUUCAAAGGAGGGGGCUCUUCUUCUUCUCUUUCCUCACUUUUCACCUUUGAUUAUCUCUCUACAUUAUUCUCUCAACUCACUUAAACAUAAAUUGACUUGAUCGUCGGAGCUUAACCCGGGGGGCAUCCCCGACUUUCCACAGAUUCCUUUCCUCCUAACGAGAUCAGACGAAUGGAUUGCGAGUCAAGUCCCACUAUUAACCAGUCAGCCAACAUCGCAACUCGAGGCCCUCCACACACCAAGGCCGCCACGACGGACACCAACCUGCACCGCUUCACCAACUCGCAGCCAGCUCCUAUGCCAAUUGGGCACGCAUCAAUCCCAUCCCCGCCCAAAUGUGCCCGCCUCCAUAAGCCAUUUCGCACCGCGCCCCUGCCAGCCUUCCACCUCAAAACUCGCACGGCCCACGUCGCCUCACAUUUAAGUGUCAACAACAAGUAAAAAUUAUUUCGCUGCCACCAUUGUCUUGAACCAGCAUCCGUGCAACCAUAUAUUAGCUUGCAAACCAUCGCACUAAAGGAUCACUUAUGCAUCCACAACGCCAAAGUAUGAUGUUAUUCCAGGUGCGCUUUAGAUCCACGCAGCGUCACUGACUCGCGGCUCAUUUCUCGUCUGGCCCACCUCACACUAAGCCUGCCUAGGUGGUGGUCAACACGCCUCCUAAACUCUACAACGCGAACCGACCCUACUCACUCCUUAAUAUCUCCAAUCCUGCUCUGGAUCCAGGUCGUGUCACUUACUCUCGGCCCGCUUGACAUCAUUUGCCACCAUUCGGCCCUCACAUAAGCCCGCCCGCAACGCCAAGUCCUAAGCUCGCCACAAUGCGCAGCCCAAACCAUACUGAUGCGUCACGCUUUGUGCACCAUCAACUUGCGGCCCAACGAGGCACGCCCGCGACGCCAAGCCCAUGUAUGGCAUCCAAGCUCACUCACAGCCCAACAUCAUGCUACCGGUCCCGCUCCGACUCAAGUUUUGCUUCACGGACCACGCGAAGGUACCAACUCGCGGAUUGGCCCCAAACUAUCGUCGCCGCCAGUAUUUGAACCGCACCACUCCUUAACCAAACAAGUAUCUUGACCAAUAGACUACAUACCCACAUAUCAUUAGGCGCAACACUCUUAUUUUAAAGACUCUUCCCGCCGCUUCGCCAACAUAAAGCUAAGUACUCUAUCCCAUUAUCAUUAUUAAAAUUUUAAAUAUUUUACUUUCAUGAGUGUUAAUGGCUCUAAUGGGGGAAAGACGUACCAAACAACAUGGGAGAUGAGAAACACAAUCACGCGACAUAUGGAUAUGAUCAUGGUGCGCGCCUCGACUAGUCAACGCAAUGAAGAAUCUACAAUGGGCGAGGGCUAAUAAUCACGGCUCGCGCUUCGACUAGUCAAUGCCAUGAAGAAUCUACAAUGAGUGAGGGCUAUUAAUCAUGGCUCACGCCUCGACUAGUCAACGCCUUGAAGAAUCUACAAUGGGUGAGGGCUAAUAAUGCCGUCACCAAGUGUUCAACACCUUGAAGACUCCAAACUGAGGGUACAUAGACCCCGACGAGGAGAGCGUACGACGCCUUGAAAAAAUCUACAAUAUGGGAGCGCUCAACCACCUCCGUUCGUGUAAGACUCAGUAGUAAGCACAAAAAUAAGACUUCGAUAAGUGCAUUGGUGAAUCUACAAUAUGAGAGCACUCGACUACCUCCGUUCAUGUAAAACUCAAUUGUAAGCACACAAAUAAGACUUCGAUAAGAGAAUUGGUAAAUCUACAAUAUGGGAGCGCUCGACUACCUCCAUUCAUGUAAGACUCAAUAGUAAGCACACAAAUAAGACUUCGAUAAGAGCAUUGGUGAAUCUACAAUAUGGGAGCGUCAACUACCUCCAUUAAUGUAAGACUCGACGGAAUCACACAAAUAAGACUUCGAUAAGAGCAUUGGUAAAUCUCCAAUAUGAGUGCGUUCAACUACCUCUAUCUCCAAUAAAGGGCAAUAACCGUGCACGGUAACCCCGUUAAUUAAUCGUGUGGCUAUCACAAGCGCACCAAUGAAAGAGGGCACACUUGUGUUCGCUUGAAGAAUCUCCAACAAGCAAUUUCUCGGUGCAAUGAAGAAUUUCAACUAAAGAGCGCUCAAUGCGUUAAUAAAAUCCACUAACUGGGGGGGGGGGCAAAAUCCAUGAAGCUGGCACCGCGUCAGCUAAGCGCACCACAAACUGGGGGGCAACUAGGGGUACAUAGGGCUCCAUCCAAGAUGAUCGGCGAACUUUUAAAAAUAUAAUAUUAAUCUAUAGGUGAGUUCAGCUUGUGAGGCAAUUGUUGAGGGUGUUACUAAAUCUACCGCAAACAGACUACAUAAUAAGGCACUGGCUAAAGG